AUGAGACUAAACGUGCUUGAAGGGUCGUCAGGCCGAUAUUCCACAUCGCAAGGCACUGAUAUUCACUACAUUUCUUAUGGCAAUCAGCAAGGUCCUCUGGCUAUUUGUCUACAUGGAUUGGGUGGCUCUACAGAGACCUUUCGACCUCUUGUUCCAUUCAUACCUUCGAACUAUCACGUCGUCGCAGUUGACCUUGAAGGAUUCGGGAAGACACCCCUAAACCGAGGAAAACCUCUGACGUUCGCCGGUUAUGUCUCCGACCUACACGACCUGAUCACCUAUCUCCAAAAGCCUCCUACUUGGACUACCGUCCCAUCAGCAAUUGAGACCGCAAGCAAUGAUAUCUAUGACAACGACUCCAGCGUUUUACUUAUAGGCCACUCGCUCGGUGCCAUCAUCAGCUUGCACUUCGCCGCCCAUAUACUAGGAGAGUGCGAAGCCUGCUGUUACUGGGCACGGGGGGGCUCCCUGGCCCACAUACCACCAGCACAGCAGCGUAUGCGUGACCUCUCAAUCAUAGCUCGUGAGAAAGGUAUGGAUGUGGUUAGUGAAAUCGCCGUCAACACCAAUUUCCCCGCAGACCGAGACAACGAUGAAGCGCAUGUACAAACGGUCCGGGAUGCGGUGUCUUCCACCUCCGCAGAAACGUAUGCUGUUACAGCAGAACUCAUCGCCAGUGACGAGCAUGUCAACCCCGACUACCAAAAGAUCACUUGUCCGACCAUCUUCGUGGCCGGCGAUAAGGAUGUAAUCAGUCCUCCAGGAAGAUCAGAGAGUAUUAGUGCUCAGAUCAGUGGUCCUUCGGAGGUGGUCGUCGCUAAAAGUGGCCAUCAGAUGAUUUUGCAAGACCUUGAUAGUGUCAAAGCAGCAUUGGCCAAGCUGAUGAACGUUCUAUCUUCAUCCACUUAG